UGCAAGGGGGAGUGCCACCUCAGAGCCACGCCAAGAUUAAAGAACACCGCGCCGUGUACCGAGCAAGAACAAAGCCUAGAGAUCUAUAUCUACCGGUAUAUAUAUAGCUAGCUACCAGAUUAUACCAUGACCUAGACGUAGAUCUAGAUCUACCUGAAGUUCAAUCUAUUGAAGAUCAGAGCAAUGUCAGAAGGCAAGCCCCUGGGUCUUCCCAAGGACUACCUCAUCACUGGCGUGGAGGUGCUGGAGUCCAAGUUGUUAGGAGAGGGAGCUUAUGGUGUUGUCAAACUGGGAAAGUACUUUGGCUUGCUCUGUGCUGUCAAGAAGCUCAAGCCCUCCAUGUUCCCGGCUGGCAUGAAAAAGCUGGAUCAGCAGACUGAGUUAAUAUUGCAGAGCUUCUACAAUGAAUGUGACAAACUUAGCCAAAUCCGACACCCCAAUGUGGUUCAGUUGUUAGGUGUGUUUGCCGACAAGCACACAAAACUGCCAGUGAUCGUCAUGGAAGUCAUGCAUGAGAGCUUAUCACGCCUUCUCUAUCGUACAAAAUCCCUCCCUUUCCACAUUGAGGUCAAUAUUUGCCAAGACGUCUCUCAAGCGUUGGCCUAUUUGCACACAGCCUUCAAGCCAGCCAUAGUGCAUCGAGACCUUUCCAGCAACAACAUCCUGCUCAGCGAAGAACACAAAGCAAAAAUCACCGACUUGGGAGUAGCUAAGGUAGCCAAAGGCUCAUUCUUACGCUGGGACGACACUCCUGCACCUGGUACCCUUGUGUAUAUGCCCCCUGAGGUCAGGAAAGUUCCGGCAGAUCUCACUUCUGCAAUGGACAUCUUUGCACUCGGGGUGAACGUGAUUCAGAUCAGAUGUCACAAGUUUCCUAAACCAGGGCCAGAGUUUAGCACAGGGCGACUGGGAUUCAGUAAAAUGAUAUCGGAGAAAGAUCGGAGAAAAGACCACCUGGACCUAAUGGGACGAUCCAAUCCUCUCCGGGCAUUGGCCAUCGAGUGUCUAGAGGACAACCCACGCAGUCGGCCAGGUGCACUGCAGCUGUGUGUUCGGCUAGAGAAAGUGAAGGAGAGCAAGGCAUACCAGGAGAGCUGCCAGCUGGCUUCAGUCAAGGACGGAGAGGUUAAAGAGAUCAAAGGCCAUGUCGCUGAGUUAGAGAAGGAGGUCACUGAUCUCACAGAUCAAUUGUUGAUAAAGGACACAGAAGUGGGUAGAUUGGAGGGAAAGUUAGAGGAGGAGAGGUCAUACACUGCUAAGAUCCUGGAUGAGCUAACCAAAGUCAAACUGAAGCACGAGGUGUUGUUAGAGAAUAUCAAAGAACAAACAGCCCAAAAGAAAACGAAGAUUCCAUUCUUAAAGAAACGCAAAGGGAAGAGCGAAAUCUCUGAAGCAUUGAAAGAGAAUGAACAUGUUGCUGGUUCUCUGAAUAGCUCAAUCCAUGUAUCAGCUGAGACUACAAUGGUCAAGUCGGGUAUUGAACGAAUGAAGUCAUCGUCCCCACGUCCAAGAAAACGAAUCAAAAAAUCAUCCUCAUCAAAAUCAUCGCCUGGAACUAGCCCAGUGACCACACCUUCUGACGAGCUGCUUCCCAUGGGCAUGGCUGAGGGGCUGAUGGGCAAGGACCGACUGACGUGGUACACUCACCGUUGCCUACCGGAAGGCCUGCAAGGAUCCACCCUCAAAGCUCAUGACCUGGGAAGUAGACUAUACGUCUGCUGUGGUGAAAUGGAGGAUGGUCUGCCCAACAAGGGUGUCUUUUACUGCCCGAUCCAAGACUACACUCGCUGGAAAAGAGCCACCCCGGACGUCCCACAGUACCAAAGUGCAUCUGCAAUCGUACAAAAUGAGCUGGUUCUCAUCGGUGGUUUAAGUGCGGUUAAUGGCAAGUGUACAGGAGCGGUACAAUCCUACGACAGCAAGGCUCAGAUUUGGGUGGAGCGAUUUCCUCCUAUGCCGACUCCCCGGUCGUCUGCAUCUGUGUUUGUAUACGCCGAGUAUGUGGUUGUAGCUGGUGGUCUAGAUGACAAUAACACGGCACUGAAUGUUGUUGAGGUCCUACAUAUUCCUUCUCAGACUUGGGAAAGUUCGGCUCGACUUCCGAUCAAGAUUGCUGGUCACUCAGUAGUGGUGUGUGGGGAUCUUGUCUACAUGUUAGGUGGUACAGAUAACACAAAUUUCCAGCAAUCUGUUUUUGUCGCAUCAGUCCAAAAAAUUUUAUCAGCCUGUAGUCGAUUCCAGAUACUCGCUAGCAUUUCUGUGAAUUCACUUUUCUCGUCAAAACUGACAUGGACUAGAGUACAAGACUGUCCGUUUAUCAAGAUGACUGCUGUAUCGAAAGAAAACCAACUGCUAGCAUUUGGCGGAGAGGAGGUGACAAAAUCUGCAAAUUCUGUCGCUGCAGAAUGGAUAUGGAUUUUUAAUCCGCAGAGCAAUACAUGGACUCCUGUGCAAGGCAUGCCGUCGGCACGGAAACUAUGUUGUGUCACUGUUUUACCAGAUAACAAUCUAAUAGUCAUAGGGGGAGACCCAGACUACAGUAGGAUUGAUAUUGCUCAGGUUGUUGUGUGAGUUGUGUGGUGUUUCAUUGUUUUUAUUAUCUGAUAACUAUUCGUUUUACCACCAUGGAAUUAUUUGAAAAUAAAUUUUAAUAUGCAUG